AUGUCCCACGAUGAUCCCACCACAAGCUUUGACCGCCGUGAUACUCAACAAAAAGAAAAGUUCGAUUUCGAUUCGAUUCGUCGAAAUUCGCGAAUUUCGAACAGUUCGAAAGCUCGUGCGGAGCGGUUCGGAAUCGGAUCCCCUGUCCCACACGUGACCACCGUUCCCACAGCGGCCUCCGAUUCUCCGACCAUCAUGUUAUAA